AUGCGUCCCCAUGGGUGCAUCUCCCAAGCCGAAAGAGAGCAAAAGAUGACAACGGCCAAGCCGUGGCGCAGCAACCGGAACAUGUUCCUGCUUGACGGUUCUAGAGUGUCAUUUUCAUUGCAACCUGGACGGGCCAUGGAACAGCUCUGCAUCGAGCCCUUAUUCCAUCGCUCCAUGUGCACGCAACAGUUCCGACGGACGCGAUCGAACAAUGGUGCCCGCCCAAUGAUGCCACAGAAACAGAACGCCACAGCCUGCAACAAUCUCGGCACGACUGGCCAUCAUGAACGAGAUGAAAAUUUGCCAUCAGUUCCCGCCUCAGAGUCCGACAUUGCUGGUUUUCCAUGGGCCUCCCGAGCUUUCAUUACCAAGGAUGCACAGUUUCGCGGAUCACUACCAGAGUAA